CAUAGACGCUCUUCUCAACAUCGUAGUUUUCCCUCACCGUAUUGUUUCUCGAACUCUAGUCUGUGCCAUCAUGCUUGACACAUUGCUGGUCUGCUCCGCAGCUUUCGCUAUACUGGCAAUAGCCACAUAUAGGAGCUUGGUUUCCCGUCUUCCUCUUCCUCCAGGUCCGAAGGCUAGAUUCAUUUCCGGGAAUGUCCAUCAGCUCCCUGCCAGCCACCCCUGGCUGAGGUAUACUGAGUGGUCAAAGCAGCAUGGCCCGUCGGUUUACUUCCGCGUGUUCACUCGCAGGGUUCUCGUUUUGAACUCCCUGAAAGCAGCCACAGAUCUUCUUGAAUCCCGAUCUACCAUUUACUCAGAUCGCCCGAUAUUAUGGAUGUACACAGAGCUCAUAAACAGGAAGCUAGCUGUCUUCAACAUUUCGUCGAAGAACCCGCGGUUCAAGAGGUAUCGCAGAAUUCUACAUAGCAGUCUGAACCCUCGCGCCGCACAGAGCUUCAGAGCACUCCAGGUGAAAGAAACUCACACGCUCUUGCGAGGCCUGGCGGCUUCGCCUCAGGAUUUUAUGUAUCAUAUAAGAAGGAAUGCGGGUGCAGUGAUGCUCAAAUAUACGUAUGGAUGGACAGUGAAGAGCAACGACGACCCCUUGCUUAAGAUUCUCGAGGACUCCAUCGAGCUCCAGACGGUUGUCACUAAGCCAGGCCGUUGGCUCGUCGAUACAUUCCCGAUACUUCGCUUCGUACCAGCGUGGUUGCCGUUCGCCAAUUUCAAACGCAUGGCGGCUGAGUACCGCAGAGAGUUCUCCAGAGUGGAUGACAUCCCUCAUGAAUGGGCCAAGCAGCAAAUUGAUAUGGGGAUACAUGUCGAUUCAUUCGCAUCUCGUCAUUUGCGCACUGCUAGUGGCAUGACGGUGGAUGCGGAGGAGGAGGACAUCAUCAAGUGGUGCAGCGUCGCGCUUUUUGCAGGAGGAAGUGAUACGGUCGUUGGUGUGGUGAAAGCCUUCAUUCUAGCCAUGAGCCUCUAUCCUCAGUACCAAAAGCGCGCUCAGCUUGAAAUCGCCGAAGUGAUAGGUUCGCAAAAAUUGCCGACUUUUGAUGACCAGCCGCGUCUGCCGUAUGUGAUGGCCAUCUUUAAAGAGGUCCUGCGAUGGGCCCCGGUGGCACCACUGGGUCUGCCACAUUCAGUCACGCAAGAUGAUAUUUACGAGGAUUACUUGAUCCCGAAGGGCACUACUGUGAUAGCGAACAUAUGGGGGAUCUCUCACGAUCCUGAUAACUACCCGGAGCCGUCAGUAUUUAAUCCCGAAAGAUUUUUGCCGCACGAUGGAGGCGAUUCUGGACUAGACCCUCGCAAGUUCGUUUUCGGUUUCGGGCGACGUGUCUGUCCGGGUUCACAUUUUGCAGAGGUGUCAGUCUUCUUGGUCAUCUCGAACAUACUGGCCAUGUUCAACAUCGACAAAGCCGUCGAUGAGAAAGGAGAAGUGAUUGAUCCUAGUGUUGAGUUCACCAGUGCUGUCACUAGCCAUGUCAAGCCAUUCGACUGUCGCAUCACCGUAUGCAACCCAGAGCUUCUCGCUGCCUUGGAGGCAGAUUAACAACUUCCCGCUUAAAUCAUUCCUGUUGUUUCUGCUUCCUGUGCUAGUUUUGUCUCAGGCUUCAAGCUACGUGUGGUAACAUCGCAAGCGCGGUAACUACCUCUGGCUUUCAAUUGACCAUUCAACUUCAUCUCCGCUGAUUCUGAGUUCAGUCAUGAUAUUUGCCAUUCAAGGUUCCCAAAAGAUGUCUUUGAUAUCAUUCGACAGGCCUUGUCAGAGUCUUGGACUCUAGAGCGGCAGAUUUCUCUCAAUACACAUCUGUACCGGUCUCAACGCAGUUGCAGCUCUGCUUACAGCAUGC